CGGUGGUGGCGGUGGUGGCGGCGGCGGUGGUGGCGGCGUCCGGGCGGCAGCAGCAGCAACACCAACAGCAGCAGCCCUGAGGAGGGUGAGACGGCCGCCGUGGCGGCAGCUCGGAAGUCGGGCGGGACCGAGAGCUUCCCGCCUGCCGCUGGCGCUGGGGCUUUUUUUGCCUUUUCUUAGCUUGCUUCUUCCUCACGGCCCUGGCUAGGGCUGGGCAGCGCGCCCCCGGGGAGGGGCGGAGCUGUAGAUAUGGUAUAAGGUAUUUCUUCAAGACUGGACAGCCGAAGACCUGUUACUCCUGAUUAGCCUUAAGCAGACUUAUAGCCAUCGAGAAACCUCACGGAAUUUCAUAUUUUGCUUUCUGCUUUACACCUUUCUUGGCACCCACGUUCAUCUUGCAACCAUGUAUGGAAGUGCUCGCUCAGUUGGGAAGGUGGAACCGAGCAACCAGAGCCCUGGGCGUUCACCUAGGCUUCCACGUUCCCCUCGCUUGGGUCAUCGUCGAACCAACAGUACAGGAGGGAGUUCUGGAAGCAGUGUUGGAGGUGGCAGUGGGAAAACCCUUUCAAUGGAGAAUAUCCAAUCCUUAAAUGCUGCCUAUGCCACAUCUGGCCCUAUGUACCUAAGUGACCAUGAAAAUGUGGGUUCAGAAACACCUAAAAGCACUAUGACGCUUGGCCGUUCUGGGGGACGUCUGCCGUAUGGUGUCAGGAUGACUGCUAUGGGCAGUAGCCCCAAUAUAGCUAGCAGUGGUGUUGCUAGUGACACCAUAGCAUUUGGAGAGCAUCACCUCCCUCCUGUGAGUAUGGCUUCCACUGUUCCUCACUCUCUUCGUCAGGCAAGAGAUAAUACAAUCAUGGAUUUGCAGACACAGCUGAAAGAAGUAUUAAGAGAAAAUGAUCUCUUGCGGAAGGAUGUGGAAGUAAAGGAGAGCAAAUUAAGUUCUUCAAUGAACAGCAUUAAGACUUUUUGGAGCCCAGAGCUGAAGAAAGAACGAGCCCUGAGAAAAGAUGAAGCUUCCAAAAUCACUAUUUGGAAGGAACAGUAUAGAGUUGUGCAGGAGGAAAACCAGCACAUGCAGAUGACAAUCCAGGCUCUCCAGGAUGAAUUGCGGAUCCAAAGGGACCUGAACCAGCUGUUUCAGCAAGAUAGUAGCAGUAGGACUGGUGAACCCUGUGUGACAGAGCUGACGGAGGAGAACUUUCAGAGGCUACAUGCUGAGCAUGAGCGGCAGGCCAAAGAGCUGUUCCUUCUUCGAAAGACUUUGGAGGAAAUGGAGCUGCGUAUUGAGACUCAGAAGCAAACUCUAAAUGCUCGGGAUGAAUCCAUCAAGAAACUUCUGGAGAUGUUGCAGAGCAAAGGACUUUCUGCUAAGGCUACUGAAGAAGACCAUGAGAGAACAAGACGACUGGCAGAGGCAGAGAUGCAUGUCCACCACCUAGAAAGCCUUUUGGAGCAGAAGGAAAAAGAGAACAGUGUGUUGAGAGAGGAGAUGCAUCGGAGAUUUGAGAAUGCUCCUGAUUCUGCCAAAACAAAAGCUCUGCAAACUGUUAUUGAAAUGAAGGAUUCAAAAAUUUCCUCUAUGGAGCGUGGGCUCCGAGACUUGGAAGAGGAAAUUCAGAUGCUGAAAUCAAAUGGGGCCUUGAGUACUGAAGAACGGGAAGAAGAAAUGAAACAAAUGGAGGUCUAUCGGAGCCAUUCUAAAUUUAUGAAAAAUAAGAUUGGUCAGGUGAAGCAGGAGCUGUCCAGAAAGGACACAGAACUACUAGCCCUACAGACAAAGCUAGAAACACUCACAAACCAGUUCUCGGACAGUAAGCAACACAUUGAAGUGCUGAAGGAGUCCUUGACUGCUAAAGAACAACGGGCUGCCAUCCUGCAGACCGAGGUGGAUGCUCUCCGAUUGCGUUUGGAAGAGAAGGAAACCAUGUUGAAUAAGAAGACAAAACAAAUUCAGGAUAUGGCUGAGGAGAAGGGGACACAAGCUGGAGAGAUACAUGACCUCAAGGACAUGCUGGAUGUGAAAGAGAGGAAGGUUAAUGUUCUUCAGAAGAAGAUUGAAAAUCUUCAAGAGCAACUUAGAGAUAAGGAGAAGCAAAUGAGCAGCUUGAAAGAACGAGUCAAAUCCUUGCAGGCUGACACUACCAACACCGACACAGCCUUGACAACUUUGGAGGAGGCCCUUGCAGAGAAAGAGCGGACAAUUGAACGCUUAAAGGAGCAGCGGGACAGAGAUGAACGAGAGAAGCAAGAGGAAAUUGAUAACUACAAAAAAGAUCUUAAAGACUUGAAAGAAAAAGUCAGCUUAUUGCAAGGCGACCUCUCAGAAAAAGAGGCUUCACUCUUGGAUCUGAAAGAGCAUGCUUCUUCCCUGGCUUCCUCAGGACUGAAAAAGGACUCACGGCUUAAGACACUGGAGAUUGCUUUGGAACAGAAGAAGGAGGAGUGUCUGAAAAUGGAAUCACAAUUGAAAAAGGCACAUGAGGCAACAUUGGAAGCCAGAGCCAGUCCAGAGAUGAGUGACCGAAUACAGCAAUUGGAGAGAGAGAUUGCUAGGUUCAAAGAUGAAUCUAGCAAGGCCCAGGCAGAAGUUGACCGCCUCUUGGAAAUAUUGAAGGAAGUGGAAAAUGAGAAGAAUGACAAAGAUAAGAAGAUUGCAGAGUUGGAAAGUCUCACCUCAAGGCAAGUGAAAGACCAGAAUAAGAAGGUAGCAAAUCUGAAACACAAGGAACAGGUGGAAAAGAAGAAGAGUGCACAGAUGCUUGAGGAGGCUCGACGAAGGGAGGACAAUCUCAACGACAGCUCCCAACAACUACAGGUGGAGGAAUUACUGAUGGCCAUGGAGAAAGUGAAGCAGGAACUGGAGUCCAUGAAAGCAAAGCUGUCCUCUACUCAACAGUCUCUGGCAGAAAAGGAAACUCAUUUGACCAAUCUCCGUGCAGAAAGAAGGAAACACUUAGAGGAAGUUCUGGAGAUGAAGCAAGAAGCUCUUCUGGCUGCCAUUAGUGAAAAAGAUGCCAACAUAGCUCUUUUGGAGCUUUCAUCCUCUAAGAAAAAGACCCAAGAGGAAGUGGCUGCACUGAAGCGGGAGAAGGAUCGUCUGGUGCAGCAGCUCAAGCAGCAGACACCAAACAGAAUAAAAUGUCUAGCAGACUAG